AUGGUGACCGUCGGCGGCAUCACGCGGAUGACCAAGUCGGGGCUGAGCAUGACGGACUGGAAGGUUCAGGGCUCGCUUCCGCCAUCCUCCGAGGCGGAGUGGGAGGCGGAGUUCGACCGGUACAAGGCGUUCCCGGAGUGGCAGCAGCGCCGCAGCAUGACGCUGGACGAGUUCAAGCACAUCUUCUUCUGGGAGUACGCCCACAGGAUGCUAGGGCGUGCGCUGGGCGUGAUCUACGGGGUGCCGCUGCUGUACUUCGGCCUCCGCGGAAGAAUCCCCGCGCACAUCCGCGGGAGGGUGGCCGGACUGUUUGCCCUCGGCGGCGCGCAGGGCCUGGUCGGGUGGUGGAUGGUCAAGAGCGGACUCGAGGACCGUUCCGCGGACCUUGCCGUGGGGAAGGAGAUCCGAGUGAGCCCCUACCGACUGGCGGCACACCUGGCCACCGCCUUCGCCACGUUUUCGCUGCUCGUGCACACCGGUUUCCAGGCCCUCGAUGGUCCCCGCACGGCCUCACCUUCCGCCGCGGACGCAGCCCGCCGCCUCCUCGACGCGGGGGUGAUGCGGCAGGGGUCCAACCUCCGGGUGAUGGCCAUGGGCGUGUGCGGGGCCGCCUUCGUGACGGCGGUGUCCGGGGCGUUCGUGGCCGGCAACGACGCGGGCCGGUGCUACAACUGCUUCCCGAAGAUGACGGAGGAGGACUGGCUGCCGGAAGAGAUUCUCGCGUUCAGACCGAUGUGGAGAAAUUUCUUCGAAAAUUCUGCGACGGUUCAAGCGGACCACCGCGCGCUCGCUCUCAGCACGACGGGAGCGGCCCUCGGCAUGUUCUGGUACGCUAGGAGAGGGGCCGGUGGCGGCACGGGGGCUCUUUGGGCGGCGCUGCCGGCGGCGCCAAGGGCGGCAACGACGGCAACGGCGGGUCUCGUGACGGCACAGGCCUCCCUCGGCAUCACGACGCUCCUGCAGUGCGCGCCCCUCCCCCUCGCUGCCUCGCACCAGGCGGGCGCCCUAACGGUUCUGGCCUCCUCCAUGUGGGCGGCGCACUCCCUGAGGUUUGCCCGCGUGCCGCCCUCGGCGGUGGCACCGUCGUCGUCGAUCUCCCCCAAGAUGCCGCCGCCGGUAGGGUCGUAG